AUGGAUAUCCUUGGAUAUACAGAAAAUGAAUCGAAUGCAUUAUAUACUUGUAGUGAAUGUCCUAAUGAGAAAAGGAAAACUUUCAAAUCAGAAAAGGGUCUGAUACGGCAUAAAUCAUCAAUGCAUAAUGAUAAACUAUACAAAUAUAAGAAAUAUCGGUGCUAUUUGUGUAAUUUAUCGUUUAAAGAUAAAACGAAUUACGUUUUACAUACAGAAGUGUAUCAUGAAGGCAGAAAUCAAGAAUUAGCUGUUUGUAACGAUUGUGGAAAACAAUUUAAGGAUAAAACACAAUUGAGUGUUCAUUUACAAUCAAAAUGUGGUACUGUACGACGAUAUAAAUGUGAUGAAUGUGAUAAAUUAUUGAUGACUCAAGGUUCAUUAUACACACAUAAAUUACGACAUGCAAAUAAACGAAGGUAUAUGUGUAGAUAUUGUGCGAAAACUUUUUACACUGAUGGACAAUGUCAAGUACACGAACGGAAACAUACCAAGGAGAAAGCAUUUGUUUGUGAGGUAUGCAAUAAAGGUUUUUCACAUCGACAAUCGCUAAUAACACAUACGACAAUACAUACAGGAGUCAAACCGUAUGCUUGUGAAGCAUGCCAUUCUGAAUUUUCAUGUAUUGGAAAUUUGUUAAAACAUCGUCGAACACAUGCAAACACCUGUGGAAAAUUACCUUUAACAACGCAUCGAGUAGAUAAUACUGAUACAAAAUUGAAACUGUUGCCACCUCCUAAAUAUUGUACGCAUAUCCUAGCGGACUUUUCAAAUCCGAGUAUGAAAAUGAUCUAA